CGGAGUACUGCCACCUCCUCCUCGCCUCCCCAACUCCCAGCCAAGGCGCGCGGUGGCGUCCUCGCGCCCUCGCCGGCGCCCCCGCCCGUCGCCCGCGCAGGCCAGGCAUGAACGCUGAGACUUGCGUCUCUUACUGCGAGUCGCCGGCCGCUGCCAUGGACGCCUAUUACAGCCCGGUGCCGCAGAGCCGGGAAGGUUCGUCGCCUUUUAGGGGAUUCCCAGGAGGCGACAAGUUCGGUACAACUUUUCUGUCGGCCGCUGCCAAAGGACAGGGAUUCGGGGACGCCAAGAACCGGGCCCGCUACGGCGCGGGGCAGCAGGACCUGGCGGCACCGCUGGAGAGCAGCGCCGGGGCGCGGGGCUCCUUUAACAAGUUCCAGCCGCAGCCACCCACUCCGCAGCCGCCGCCUGCUCCGCCCGCGCCGCCGGCGCAUCUCUACUUGCAGCGGGGCGCCUGCAAAACACCCCCUGACGGCAGCCUCAAGCUUCAGGAAAGCAGCAGUGGCCACAACGCGGCCUUGCAGGUCCCCUGCUACGCCAAAGAGAGCAACCUGGGUGAGCCAGAGUUGCCCCCCGACUCGGAACCCGUGGGCAUGGACAACAGCUACCUCAGUGUGAAGGAGACAGGGACCAAGGGGCCCCAGGACCGGGCAAGUGCUGACAUCCCAAGCCCCCUGGAGAAGACCGACUCGGAGAGCAACAAAGGCAAGAAGCGGCGGAACCGUACCACCUUCACCAGUUACCAGCUGGAGGAGCUGGAGAAAGUCUUCCAGAAGACACACUACCCUGAUGUGUAUGCGCGCGAGCAACUGGCUAUGAGGACCGAUCUCACCGAGGCCCGUGUGCAGGUUUGGUUCCAGAACCGGAGGGCCAAGUGGCGGAAGAGGGAGCGCUUUGGGCAGAUGCAGCAGGUCCGGACCCAUUUCUCCACGGCCUAUGAGCUGCCUCUCCUCACUCGAGCGGAGAACUAUGCCCAGAUUCAGAAUCCGUCCUGGAUUGGCAACAAUGGGGCUGCCUCUCCCGUGCCAGCCUGUGUGGUCCCCUGUGACCCAGUGCCUGCCUGCAUGUCCCCUCAUGCUCACCCUCCUGGCUCUGGAGCCAGCAGCGUCUCCGACUUCUUGAGUGUCUCCGGGGCUGGCAGUCACGUGGGCCAGACACACAUGGGCAGCCUGUUUGGAGCAGCUGGCCUCAGUCCGAGCCUCAAUGGCUAUGAGAUGAACGGCGAGCCAGACCGCAAGACCUCGAGCAUCGCUGCACUGCGCAUGAAGGCCAAGGAACACAGUGCGGCCAUCUCUUGGGCCACAUGACAGGGCCCCUCCUGCCAGUCCUGAUGCCGUGCUCUUCCCUGGGGUCUUGGCCACGUCCCUGCUUCCCAGGCCCCAAACUUCCCACUUGACUCUCCUCUUAGGAACCCGGCCUGGCCCAGGGGCCUGGCCCUCAGCACUUUCAGUCACCCCAAGUCUGAGGCCCCAGGGACUGCUGGGAGGAAGGGGGUGGCAGGCCCUUGUCCCUCCCUAGCACUGAGGCCUUGAGCCCUGCUCCCUGCCAAAGGCAGUGGAGAAAGCCAGGUGGCUCUGUGUGUAGCUUUGCAUCAUGUAAGCUGAGGCCCUCUCUCUUCGUGUUCCUUCACCCUUCCAUUUGACUUGAGUCAAAGUUAGGCUCCCCUCCAGACCUAACAGCAGUCCAGCCUUGUCCAGCCGUCCUUUCUUCUGUGUGGUCCCCUGGUCACUCGGCCUAUGGCUGUGUGUCUUAAGUAACAAGCUGCCUUCCAGAAUCAGCUCCUGACCCCUUCUGCCCUUCCCCCCGACAAAAGCACAUGGAACCCCACCUUCUUUAUCCAAGGCAUCCGAUCAUCUGCCCAUCCAAGGGACCUUGUGGCUGUGGCUUGACUGUCCCCUGUGAUGGAUGUACCUGGGGAAAGUGGGAGGUGAGAUGAGGGGACAGAACUGGAGGAUGCUGUUGCUGUCCACCCAUAAGGAUGACCAAGCUCCAAGGAGAUGUGGGCCAGCCUUUGAUCCUGAAACUGGUUCUGGUUGACACUGUGGGGGUGGGGUGCCAUGUGUGAAGGGAGGCAAGGACACAGAUGCCCCGCCACCACCACUACUACCACCACACAUGACCAUCAGGAGCCAGAGAAGCUCUCAGAAUGACCGCAAGGAGGAUCCAGUGGGCUGAACCUGGGUACCACCUGGCAUCUUCUGCAGUGGGGAGGUCCCUUGGUCAGCACUGGAGCCUCCUCGGGGCCCCUCUGGUCACUCAUUGGGGCUGCUGAGCAGUGUCCUGGUCUGGAAGAAUUUAAACUUUGGAAGACAUAAGCUAGAGCACAGGGCCAUGGCUCUGGAACAGAGGACAUGUGACCAGCUCAGCCUCCAGCCAGAAUGACUUUUCUAUGCUCAGACUAACCAUCCACCACCAUGGUCCAUCCACCAUCCUACCACAGCAUGACACCUGCCGGAGCUUUCCACACAGGGUAGGUGGACAUCAGUGCCCCUCUAGGCUAAAAGGAGAGCUGCUUUCUAGAUGCCUUCCACAUCCUCUUAGAGAGCCAAUCUUACUUCUUUCCCAGGGGCCAUGGUCUCUGCCUCAGCUGGCCUCAGGAAAGACUCCCAUCAAGGCCCACUCUCCGUGGCAGGAAGUCCUACUGAAGUCAGUCCCCUAUCUGAAGGAAGGGGAUCCCUGUCGACCUGACUUGACCUGGAGCUAGGAACUAGGAUUUGAAAUGGUCCCAGCCCUCACCUGAGCUGGAGCACAGAACCACCCUUGAGGUAGAUCCCUCAAGCAGGUGGCCUUUUCCUGAGGAGACACACUUGCCUUUUCUAGCUUCUGCCUUGACAAUUGUCCGUGAGGUGGGCUGGGCCCACUAGGCCCAGGGUUCUGCUCACUGAUUGGCCUCUCAGGUUGGGCUGAGGACCAAGGACCCCCGCCUUAGAUCUGCCGUAGGUCUCAGUGGGUGAGAGGGAACCACAAACCCCUGUUGUGUGCCCUUGUCUGCUCUGGAACGUAGACAGAGUAAGCUCUCAGUAGAAUGUAGACUCUGGGUUGGCCACCCCUAGUAAGAGUCAGACCUCUUCAGAAACUGUAGUUCUCAAAUAGAUCUUAGGAAGACAAAGAAGGCCUUGGGUAUUGAAUUCAGUGUUCCUGGUGACUUGGCUUUAAUGUUUCAGAUGUUUGGGGAACAAGUUCUCCAGUUCUGGAGUGACUGAAAUAACUCACUCCCUCAGAAUCUAGCAAGAGAAGGAAGAACUUAAGGGCAGAAGCAAUUCCUUGGGGUUCUUCCUCAUGGCUGUCGUGGCUGGGGCAGGGCAAGUGGGGAAACGUGUCCAUACCCUACAUAAUCAGUACAAAGAGUGAAGAACCAGAAAAGCUCAGGAAGAAGGGAGAGUGAGCUUUUGGUAUAUUCUUCUGGAAGGGAGUGACAUAUAACUUCUCUAGGUUUUAUUCCUGGCCAGGCUAGACCCAAGUCAGGCAAAUUCCAACCAAUAAGCUUGAGAAUAAAAAAGUAUAUAGCAAUGGCGGAUUGCUCUCCACCACAGUCAGGAAUUGACAUGCCUCCUAUCAUCUCUCCAGAUGUAGCAAUUUUUACCUACACUGUUCUGGAGGGCCUUGGCGUCAGAUGGUUCCUAGGGCAUCUGGAGAUGCUCUGAGCUCCCACAGGGCCUCCAUCAUGUCUCACAUCUCCUCAGCUGCCCAGGUCCCCUGAAGAGAACUGUGGGGUCCUAUUGUCCCUAGUGGGUCUGUCUUAGCCCCUGGGAUGCCCUAAAGUAACAAAGGCCUCCAUGGCAACCUAGCUUCCUAAUGAGCCAGAUCUUCCAAAGGCACAGCUGUAGAGAGAGGACUCUACCUGCUGGGUGGUCAUUUGCUGGAUAGGCAAACUGAGUAAGCUGAGGCCAGCCUCGCCUGCCAGCACAGUAAGCGGCCACAUCCAGUCCUGGCAGCCUGGUGUAUCACAGAGAGCGGUUACGCCUGUCUCAACGCCUGCCCAUCUCUCCAGGAACCCCUUCCUUCACAGCAUGGGGGCCAAGACUCUGGGGCAGACAGAAAUGUCUCCAAGUUUUUCUUUUAGUUUUUUUUUUUUAAAUUCUUCCUGAUUCUGUUCUCACAACCGUGCCUCCACCUUUAGGAAGCAGGAUGGGUGAAGAUUUAGGCAAAGAGGCAGCAAGAUCCAGGGCUUCCCCAGCACACACUGCCAUGCUCAUGUUGGACACAGCUCUGACACCUCAGCUCCCUGAGGAGACAGAAAGGAUUCCAUGGAAACCGCCAUGUGCCCUUUACACAGUCAAUUGCCCUCUGGGAUAGCCUUGGGCAGAUCAUCUCUGGGGACUCAGAGGAAACCAAGGCCCCAGGUCAAUGGGAAUGACCCUGACUGUCAGGUAUGGAGACAAACAGACCCAGGAGAGGGAGAGUGGCAGGCAACCUUGCCCCCAGGGUGCUAACUAAUAACCAUACAAUUUCAAACCAGGACAAGCUUCCAUUUCUUUCCCUCAGGCCUCCUUCACUGCAAGGAGGCCAUAGGGAAGGGAUCCCACCAGACAGUAUUUCCUAGCCUUCCCUCUCCUUUCUUCACCCUUCACUUACACAUAGAGCUAGGCCUGUAUACUACUGAUUUUGGAGGACCGUUUUCAGUGUCUAAUAACCUGUUUGGGUGUGCAGUGGUCAGAAAAAAAAAGAGAGAGAGAAAGAGAAAACUGAGUAAGAGAUGGAACAUGAACCUCAACCAAAACUCGCUGUUCUUGUAAGAUAUUUUAACCCUGUAUAAAUGCAACUUUUUCUUUAGCUUAAUGGCCUGGGGUGGAACAUUCAAAUAUAUAUAAAUAUAUAUAUAGAUAUAUAAAAUACAUUAAAAUUUCAGAAAAACGCAAAAAAAAAAAAAAUUGAGGUCCGUUCCAUAAAGUUUUACUGCCUAUACCACCAUGUAACUACAUUAUAGCAAAAUAUUAAAAGAAGCAUUCUUUUCUUUUAAAGUAAGUUAUUGCACUUACAUCUUUUGGAGAGGGGAGGAAUGUGGGAAGAAGGGGGCUGAUGGGCUGAGGUGGGCGGAAUGCAAGGCAGAGGCAGCUGACGCUCCCAGCAGCCGCCUCGUCGGGCACAGCCCAGACUGUUUGGUUGUUGUUGUUUGCAAUAAACUCCUUCCUCCUCUCAACUGGAGUCUGUCUGUUUUGUUCCUGACUUAUGACAGAUGAAAUGUGAUCAGAGAGGCCUCUGAAAUCUCACGUUAAUUGAAGUCGGCAAAAAAAUACUAACAGUGCCCUUUUGAACUGCUGACACAGUGCAGGAUGGGUUACCAGGCUAGAUUAACAACAGGUGGCCAGCCAAUCCUCCAGCGCAAAGAGGGGUGCAUGGUCUGACGGGGUCUGGGACACACACACCCUCUGGCUCUUGAGUAGCAGGCAAGUCAGAGGGCCCAGAGAGGCCUAAGCGUGCUUCUUAGACAGUGGGAUGGAUCAUGGGCAAAGCUUCUUGCUCCUCCGUGCCUAGUACAGACUGUGCCAGGAGGGCUUCAUCUGCAGCCAUGCUCCACAUCCCUGAUGUCCCUGAGAACAGUGCUUCUGGAGGCUGUUCUGGAAGCUGGAUGAGGACCAGGGCAUCAGGUCCUGUAACUCUGCACUGAGAGUACAGGGCAGGCCUCUAGGAGAUGCAAGACCCAAGCCUGGCCCUGAUAAUGAGUACCCCGUGGUAGAAAGAGCCUUCCCAGCAGGAAAAAAAAAAAUGCACAAAUAAGUCUGAAAGCCAGACUCUGAGGACAAAGGAUGAAGCAGACAGAGGCUGCAGGACGGGACUCAGAAAGAGGCACUGAGUCUCAGAGCAGCUAGUGUUGAGGGGCAGGGUCGGAAGCACAGGAAUACACCCUGUCUCUGUCUAGUCUACCAAGCUGUGGGGAGGGUUAAUGCAUGCGCUUACAAGCUGGUGUGGCGAAGGGGUGUGAAGAAUGAUGGCUGUUCAUAGCUGUUCUUCCCAGGUUCCCGUUCCAACUAUCUGAACACUCUCUCAGAGAUACCUUAGACUUGUUGCCUUGGGGAGGGAAUUCUGUGUAGCGCAGCUGUUUCAGGUAGACCUGGGAACUUGCUUUAGGAAAUGACAGCUAGCACGCAUUAGGACUGAGGGACACAACAGCAUUUGGACUCUCACCCCAAAUCACAGAACAGCAGCUGAGGCAGAGGCAGGAAAAGGCACAUGUACCUAGAAACCAUGGAGUGCUGUUUCUACCACCCAGCUCUACCUCUUCCUCGGGAGUUAGGCACUUGAAACAAGGGCUGUUUCUCCAGGGAAGUGUAGCUGAAGCUUUUUUGGUUCUGGCUCCUGCAGUCUCAUAGUCUCGCAGCCACUCAGACCCCAGUGAACACACAGAGGCUUAUAUCAAUUAAAACUGCUCGGCCAUUAGCUCAGGCCCACCACUGACAAGCUCUUACACUUAAACUCAGCCCAUUUCUGUUCAUCUAUAAGGUGCCACAUGAUCCGUGGCUUUACCUGUGUGCCAUUACAUGCUGUUCUCUGGAUGGCGGGCUGGCCUCUCCUGACUCAGCCUUCCACUUCCCAGAAUUCUCCAUGUCUGUUUAUCCUGCCUAAACUUCCUGCCUGGCUAUUGGCCAAUCAGUGUUUUAUUUAUAAACCAAUCAGAGCAACACGUUCACAGCAUACAGAACAUCCCACAGCAGGGAAGUCUGGAUUGUGGGAAGAUGGCUGGGUCCUACAUCCCUGGUGACUGAGGGAGUCCAUUCCAGAGACUGGUGCCUCUCAAUACAGUCAUCUCUCAGUAGUCAUGGGGGAUUGUCUCCAGGACCUCUGGAUACCCAAAUCCAAGAUGCUCAAGCCCCUUCUAUGCAAUGGUGCAGCCCCUCCCAAUCUACUUUGAUCAUCUCUGUAUCCUUAGCAAUACUCAAUACAGCAGGAAUGCCAGGUACACGGUAUUAAACUGUACUGUUGAUGAAGUAAUGAUAAGAUGAAGUUAGCACAUGCUCAGUAGUGAGGUAAACCGUCUUUACUAUGUUUGUCCCUCUGUUGAAUCUGCAGGCAAGGAACCUGAGACCAUGAGGGUACUGACUCUACUCUCAGGGAAGAGGGAGGCUGUUGUUGACUAGGGCUCCAGCCCUGUCUGGCUACCCAACUUGGCUCACUGUCCCUCAAACUAUCAGACCUUUCAUUUGUCACCAUCAUUGGGAUUGCUAUGUUUCUGCCUAGAGUGCCUCUGUCCCCUCCUGGCCUUCUUCCACUAAGGGAUCUCCCACUGAUCCUGUGUGUUUCCUUCAGACAAGGCCUCUGUGGAUCUCUGCUUAGUACCCACCCAAGCCAUCUGCUUCCCGGGAGCUGUGUGCAGCAUGGUAUUGGCACAAACCCUAAGGGUAUCAACUCUUAUCUGUGCCUAUCCCACACAACUAAAGACUCUCAGGACCCAGGCUGUGCUCACAUUAGAGUGCAGGUUCUGAGUGAACGAAAUAAGACUUGGAGCUGUGAUUCAGGGUUGGGGAGGAAGGGAGUCAGUACACUUUAUGUCUAGCCAGAAUGGGCCGGGAAUGUAGCUCAGGUGGUGCAGGGCUUCUCUGGCAUGUAUGAAGCCCUGUAGUUCAUCCCUAGCACUGCAUAAAUGAUGACACAUGCUUGUAAUCCCAGCACUUGGGAGGUGGAGGAAGGAGGAUUGCAAGUCCAAGGUCAUCAUUAACUAUAAAGCAAGUUUAAGGCCAGCCUGGGUGACAUGAGACCCCAGAGAGAGAGGGAGGAAGAGGAGGAGGAGGAGGAGGAGGAGGAGGAGGAGGAGGAGGAGGAGGAGGGGGCAGAGGAAGGUGACUCAGGUCUCUGGAGAGCAGCUUGUCAUGAACUCAGAGCCUCAGCUUGACCUGCUGUGUUCCUCAGGAUUCCUGUACAUUUGUGAAGAGCCAUAACAUGACAGGGCAUCUGUCCCCAUUAUUUAUUCCUCCUGGGGUCAAGCCAGCCCAAGGCUAGCUUCCCAUGACAGUGCAACAAGAGUCCUGGCCCAGCAGCAUUCAUCUUGGAGCCUCUCCACUUAGUCUUGGGUUCAAAUCCCAUGUUUCAGUCUCCCUUAGAUAACCCUCGUGCCCCACACCCUCAAAAUCUGCAGAGAGAUUUUUCCUGCCUUGGUGCCAAGCCCAGCCAAAGCUGUUUUUGCCCUGUGCCCCCUGCCUUGCUAUAAGAAACCCUGCCAACCCUGGCCACCAUGAGUGGGUUGGUCCCCAGACAACAGAACGCUUGCUGUGCUGGAGAGAGUGGAGUGGGGGCUAGGGGCGGAGCUCAUCCUCCCAUGGCCCAGAUUUGCAUGCUCAGCAGCUAAGGAACAAUGGACCCUCCACAAAUAGCACAAAUAGCCAGCUCCCCCAAAAUAGGGCUGACUACAGACCCUCUACGUGUUCGUGGCGAGAAGAUGUAAGCCGGCGCCAGAAGACAAUGGGGUGUGAGAGUUGAAAUUUUCCCAGGAAUUCUGUGUGAUUCCAAACAGAUUUUUUUUUUUCCUUUUUAGCUCAACACAGACCAACAGGCUUGAGGAAGGGCAAGCCUGCACACGGAGCUUGGGUUUACGGCCAUGUGCACACCAUGUGUUAAGGUGUUGCCUUGGCUGGUGGGGAGAAAACCCACUGUGAUGCCUGCAUGGGAUCUCCCGGGAGCCCUUCAGGACAUGGCUCUUAGAUGUUCCAGGAUUGGGGGGCGGGGUGCUGCAGGGCUCUUGCCAAAUCUUCUGGGAUGUCUCUUUCAUUUUUUCACAAGUCCCCUCCCCCUCUCUUCUCUGUACCUACAGUGUACCUCUAUUAUUCCCAAGCUCUUUGGGAAAAGUAAUAGGCCCACAUAUACCAUGGGAUGAGAGAAAAAUGAAGAUGAGAGAGAGAGAGAUCAAGAUGGUUGAGAGGAUGGGGCAAGGAUGGAGUGCAGAAUCAGCCCCCAUCUCCCCUCCAACAUAGAUUUACAUGGAGAGCUCUGUCCUGAGGAAAGAAGGGGGAAGCCAGGAAGUCACAAGUGAUGGAUGUCAGAGCUGGUCUUAAAGAUGGCCUCUGCUCUGCUACUUCAGGCCAGACACUAAAAUGUUUUUGUUGCAUGUCCUGCCCCCAUCGACACAGCAGAGACACGGCUGUGAUCCUCUCACAAGGCAGUUACGGAGUCCAAGAGUUGAAAGGUUUGGCACAGUGAGGAGCUGCAGAGACAGGCGAUGCUAUGCAUACAAGAGCUUGCUGCCACCCAAGUGGCUAAGGGCAGGACACCAAAUAUAGGGGGACUGUCACCAAGU